CAGCCCGAGAGCGGCCGUGGACGCAGCCCUCGAGCGUGCAGCGCCCGCGGUAGGUCCCGGCUGCGGCUUGGGAGAGCCGGCGCAGGCGGGUUCGCGCACCCGCCAGCCUUGAUUCGGAGCGCCCGCUCGGCCGGUCGGAGGCGGGGGAGGGGGAGCGGGGCGGGCGCGCGCGCACCCAAUCGUUGACGAGGGUGGGCCCGGGCGCCGCGGGCGCACUGACGGCCGGUACCGGACGGCGGGCCCGUGACGGGCUGGGUGGCGAGCGGCAGCGAUGGCGACCGCGAUGGCAGCCACGGCGGCGGAGCGAGCGGUCCUGGAGGAGGAGUUCCGCUGGCUGCUGCACGACGAGGUGCACGCAGUGCUCAGGCAGCUGCAGGACAUCCUCAAGGAGGCUUCGCUCCGCUUCACUCUGUCAUGCUCUGGUACAGGCACCGAGGCGCCUGCCAAGCAAGAGAACUUCAUCCUUGGCAGCUGUAGCACAGACCAGGUGAAGGGUGUGCUGACUCUGCAAGGGGACGCGCUGAGCCAGGCGGACGUGAACCUGAAGAUGCCCCGGAACAACCAGCUGCUGCACUUCGCCUUCCGAGAGGACAAGCAGUGGAAGUUGCAGCAGAUCCAGGAUGCCAGGAACCACGUAAGCCAAGCCAUUUACCUCCUUGCCAACCGGGAUGAAAGCUACCAGUUCAGGACAGGAGCAGAGGUCCUCAAGCUGAUGGACGCCGUGAUGCUGCAGCUGACCAGAGCCCGCAACCGGCUCACCACCCCGGCCACCCUUACUCUGCCUGAGAUCGCUGCCAGUGGCCUCACGCGGAUGUUUGCCCCUGCCCUGCCCUCCGACCUGCUUGUCAACGUCUACAUCAAUCUCAACAAGCUGUGCCUCACCGUGUACCAGCUGCACGCCCUGCAGCCCAAUUCCACCAAGAACUUCCGCCCAGCUGGAGGCGCCGUGCUCCACAGCCCUGGGGCCAUGUUUGAGUGGGGCUCCCAGCGUCUGGAGGUGAGCCACGUGCACAAGGUGGAGUGUGUGAUCCCAUGGCUCAACGACGCCCUAGUCUUCUUCACUGUCUCCCUGCAGCUCUGCCAGCAGCUCAAGGAUAAGAUCUCCGUGUUCUCCAGCUACUGGAGCUACAGGCCUUUCUGAGCAGAGCGCCCAAGAGCCUGACCCCCAGGGAAAUGGCCCUUGUUCCCCUCACCCAUCCCCCCAGGAAUGUUGGCCAGCACCGAACCGGGCAGCGUGGGCUAUUAUUUAUUUCUCUCUUCAGCCCUCCUGCCCAU